UGACACCGGGAGGAGGGAAACUGUCACGUACGUGAUCUUUUAUAGCUUCGAGGUUUUAUUUUCAUUGGUUAGACACUUGAAAGUUCUUAUUUAAGGAGGCUGUGUCGCGGCAGACGUGUUCUUUGCCUGAAUUUCUGGUCAACACCGUGGGUAGGAACGAUGCAGUCUCUAAUCAUUUUGGUCCUGGCGGCUCUGUUUUACGUGGCCCCUGGACGGGCUGUAGAUUGUAGUCAGGGAGACAUUUCUCAUCUCCAAGACGAGGUGAACUUUCUGAAAGCGAACCUGUCUGCGGUGUGGGAGAAACUCCACGAGGAUGACAUCAGAGAUGGAGCGGUUUCCGCGGAGGAGGAAGAGGACCAUCCUGUCAAAAGCGUUGUCAGGGAAACCAGAAAUCACAGGGUGAACCUAGACUUCUAUUUGGAUAUACCCGACCACCCCACACCACACAAAGCGGAGGAAAAUCACGCUGUCCAGACACCUGACGAUCACGAGAUGCAUUAUGCUCACUGCGAGAUGGAACCAAACACCCACCUGGUCAGUUAUCUUCACCACAAAGUCCACGGCAGCAUUCACAUGGUGCAGGAGGGACACGGGGCCGUGCACAUGGAGGUCAUGCUGACUGGUUUCAACACUAGUGAGGACUUCGCCAGCCACCAUCACGGCCUUCACAUGCACGAGUACGGAGAUUUGUCGGAGGGGUGUGGAUCUGUCGGAGAACUUUACCACAAUGAACACGCCCCAGACCAUGCUAACCCUGGUGAUCUUGGAGAUGUGGUUGACGACAUGAAUGGUAACGUCAACGCCAACUUAACCUUCGACUGGUUUCAGAUCGGAUUGGCUGAUGGCAUCCUAGGGCGCUCUCUAGUGAUUCUCCAAGGCGACCAUAACCAGGAACAAAGUGAACAGAUAGCCUGCUGCAUUAUCGGCCGUGCGAGCGUAUCAGACCACCACUAGAGGUCGCCACAAAGUUCAUCCAUCACUGUCCUCCUGAACCGAAAGUAGCCAUCCUAGUUAAAAAGAGUGCAUUUGUUCUGUUGUAUUUCUUCAUUAAAGUAGAGGAGAUAACCUACCUAA